UGAGGACCUCCUCUCCUCCACUUGCGCCUCCGCCGAGGACUUGAAGACAUAUGGGUCUGACAGCGGAGCGCGGAAGCAGCAGAAGACGAUCUUUCCAUUUAGUCUCCAUCCCAUGAAGACGGAUCACUUCUGUUUCAGUCCUGUCGCUGAUCCCGGUUCCAAUGGACAUCUACGCCUCCACUUUAUCCCCGGUGCUGGACAUUGGCACAGGAUGCUUCCUACUAGUUGUUGCUGUGCUCUCCAUUGUGGGAAACCUGCUGGUCCUCAUCAUGGCGUUCAAGAGAUCCUCCAGGAUGAAACCACCAGAGCUGCUGAGUGUCAACCUGGCAGUGACAGACCUGGGAGCAGCUGUCACCAUGUAUCCUCUGGCUGUGGCGUCUGCCUGGAGUCACCGCUGGCUUGGGGGAGAUAUUACGUGUGUUUAUUAUGGCCUGGCUGGGUUCUUUUUUGGUGUCGCCAGCAUUAUGAACCUGACUAUCCUGGCCAUUGUCCGCUUCAUUGUCUCCUUCAAUAUGCAGUCUCCCAAGGAGAAAAUUAGCUGGAAGAAGGUGAAGCUCCUGUGCUUGUGGAUCUGGCUGUAUGCUCUGCUCUGGGCUCUGCUGCCGAUACUGGGCUGGGGACGUUAUGGCCCGGAGCCCUUUGGCCUGUCCUGCUCACUCGCAUGGGGAAACAUGAAACAGGAAGCCUUCUCUUUAGUCAUCAGCAUGUUUGUCUUCAACCUCCUCGCGCCGAGCGUCAUCAUCAUCUCCUGCUACUUUGGCAUCACCAUCAAGCUUUAUGUUACGUACAAAAAGUCGGCAAACAGCAGCAACGGGUUACCCAAUAUUAUCAAGCUGCACCGUAGACUGUUAAUAAUUGCCAUCCUGGUCAGUAUCGGCUUCAUCGGCUGCUGGACACCGUACGCUUUGGUGAGUCUGUGGUCUGUUUUCAAUGACAGCAGCACCAUCCCACCUGAGGUCAGCCUGCUGCCGUGUUUGUUUGCAAAGAGCUCCACCGUGUACAAUCCCAUGAUCUACUACUUAUUCAGCAACAACUUUAAAAGGGAGGUGAGGCAGCUGAAAUGCCUGUGUCCGACCCCUAAUGACUGCCACGUCUCCAACAACAACAUCACUGACACUAAUAUUUACAUGGUCAGCACUGCCAUCAAGUCUAAAACAGCACAGACAACUUUGGGGGAGAUCACAGAAUCUGUGCCAUCGACUGUGGGUUGAAAAACUGGGGGAGAAAGACUUGACUUUUCAGCUGCUGUGCUGAAAAGGUGUUACUGACCUCUGACUAUGGGCAUGAACCAGUACAGAUGACUGUAUGUUUGCACGAGAUGUUAAAAGCUGUGAAAGUUCAUCCGACGAAGCAACAGAGGAGAGUUCAACCUGUGUUAAAUGUGGCUAAAACCCAUUAAACCACCAUUUGUUACGGAAAAAUAAUCUAUGAAUCAUGAUUUACACAGCUGUACAGAUUACUCAACCAAAGGAUAUGCAGCAGAAUUUAUUUUGAUAACAGAAAUCUGACUUGUCAUUUCAGUCCCAUAUAGAUGUUAACUCUUCAAAACCUGACGUGUCAUCACUGACACACCCUGCACAUACAGUUUGGAUGGA